AUGGUCGAAGCUCUCUUCCGCGUCUUCAUCGAGCGCAGGAUUGGGCUCAUGGAUUCCGUCUCAGCGAAGAAGCCUCUCCCAUCUCCUCCCGCAGUCCACUGCCCAUAUCCUACCGCCAAUGCCCCAACCUUCCAAUCCCACCCUAACCAUCCUCUCUCGGCGUCCUACCCACACAUAUCCGAGACUAUCAUCAAAUACCUCCCGCACACAACUCGCUUGGCCCUCCGGUCGACAUGCAAAGCGCUUGGUCAUGCCGUGGACGUCAUCUUCGUCCGCUCCCUCACCCUGGAGUCCUCGGGGUUGCGCUGCCCGUCCGGCCGCGUCCCGAUCCGCGACCUCACCGCCCGGCCUGAACUGCACCGCUUCGUGCGCGCCCUGGACUUCAGCCCUCUUAUCGAGUCGCACUCACUCAUCGAAUCCGCCUUCGCCCUCAUCCCGCAACCGUCCACACUCCCCGGCCUUCAGAUUGUACGGAGCUCGGCUGAGAGGGCUCUUGCACGCGCCGAGACGGCACCCACGAUUGUGCGCGUGUUCGAGGCGACGGUCUCCAACCCCGGAGGCUGGUGGACACCGUGGAGGCUACAGGCGAGGCCGUUGCCACGCUGUGAACGGCUCGUCCUGCUCAUCUUAUACCACGUUGAGCUUGACAUACGGAGUGCGCAGCUCAGCCCCCGCUUCUGGACCUUCCCUCCAAGCGUAAAGGAGGUCGUGUUACACGUCCGGCCUCACCCGAACCCUCCCAAAGGAUUGGUUGUGAGUCGCGCCCAACCAGAUAACGGGUUCGAGAGGUGGGCUCGGCUCCUGGGUAUGCUCAGUGUCUUGGCCGCCAGCAAGGUUCCCCGGGUCGUGCUAGUUGGGACGCAGGAAUGGGACUCGGCGUGGAUUAUGGUCCCACAUACCGAGAACAAGGGAUUCGAGGAGGCCUGGAAGGGGGCGUACGUCGCACAAAAGGUAUGCGGCGGGAUGGAUGAGGAGACGGCCAAGGUGGAGAUGGAGGAGCGAUUCAGGUUCCCUACGGAGGAGGAGUAUCGGGUGGAGGUGGGCCAGAGGGCCUGGGCCGUCGAGACAGCGGCGAGUCUGGCCGAUUUGGAGGAGGGUGUAUUGUAA